GUUUUGUUUCUUAGUUUGAUCCUCUCCUCGUUCCAAAUGAUUCUUCUUCCCAUUUCCUAUGCAGAUAAUCGAGGUUGGGAUUCUGCUCUUCCGGCCUUCUCCUGUAAGGAAAUUCUGGACUCUGGACACUCCAAAGGAGACGGGGAGUAUUGGAUCGACCCAGAGAAGAGUGGAAACCCUUUGAAGGUCUAUUGCGACAUGUCAAGAUAUAGUGGUAAGAGAAUGAAUUUUUGUUUUGAGACACGAAGACCUCAACAGGAGUAUAUUUGACUUGAAGCAGUUGUUAUUGGAACGUUCUGGUCUUGGCUAUCCGUGCGUUUAUUAUGUUUUGAAUCAAAACUAUAUCAGAAUUCUCGAAAGUGAUUGGUUAUCAUCAGCCGGCCGAUUUGAGCACUAAUAGGACAGUGUACGCGUUAUACUUGUAAUUGGACAGUGUAAUAGGACCGUUAAAGGCGUCAUGCCUGUGUGAGUGAACAGAACGCGUCAUGUGUGCGCUGUUGUCUCGCAUUUCGCCGACUAAAGUGUUGUUUUUUGGUUUUUGUGAAAACGUAUGACCGAUGUCCAGUUUCUUUCUCAAAUUUUGUCAUAGUUUUGACUAAUUGGUAACAGGCCUUCUUGUCGUCAAAUUCUGUCUAUAAUGAUACGAGUGAUUAACAAAUCGGACUCCCGCUUUGCGGUCGUACGAUUCUGUAAAUCACUCGUAUGAUUACAGACCCAAUUGGACUCCACUCGGUCCCGUUACUAUUUAAUAUGUCCAAAAUUCUAGUUACAUGGAUGUCACCAGAUCAUUAAGGUUUGUUUUAUUUCAGGAGGUUGGCUUCUGGUGUCAAAUGUUGAGUUCGGAAGUCCCUCUCCUAAGGUGUCAGUUGAGACAUCAUACCGUGGAAUAGGGAAGUCACACAUGGUUCUGCAGAAAAGUGCCAUGAAAGAGCUCAGAAGACACUUGUCCUUCACUCAGCUGAGAUUCCACUGCCACAAGAAACAGGGACGCACAUUCCACGUGGUCACAGCUUCCAACAGCUCAGGCGAAGCUGUGGUCCGGUACUUCAGCGGUCAGACAGAUGAGGAACCGGACGCCUGUGGUUCGUUUGUGAGAUUGACGUUGGAUGACAAUUCCGAGUUAGCUGGCAUUUGCAAAGAUUGGGGACAAGUAAGUGGAAAGUGGGGACAUGGUGAAGAUCAAAACAGGCUAUACUGGUAUCCCGUCUUCAAAAAAAAAAAGUAUCACCUUAGGGUCCAACUGGAUGUUGACGACCUCAAAAAAAUGGAAUGUGAUGAUAGCUCCGGUCCCAAUGUUGACACAAACGGCGAUUUCUGGAGAGUCUUUGUUCGUUAG